AAAAAUCAAACAAACGUGGUUGUCGCAUGUGACAGCAGCGAUACGUAACUCUCUCUUAUUUUCAUAAAAAUAUUUUAAAAUAUAUAAAGUUAGAAAAAUAAGUUAUUACGAAAAUAAGUCAUAAAAUUAUACAAUUAUUAUGUUAUGUAUUUCACAUCUACGUUAAAUAAAAUUUACACAAGUUAAAAGUGUACAUAAUACAUAAUGAGUGAGAGUAGUGAAUGAGUAGUAUUUCAUUUUUUUUUAAUAUGAAGAUGAGAACUCUGAUUCCAAAAGUGGAACGUUUAGUUUCCGAUGCUAGAAUAGCAUGGAAAGCUUUAAACGGCGUGUUUGCUGUGUACAAACCGCCCACCGUUACGUAUUUAAACGUAAGAAGCACCAUAAUCCAUCGUCUCUGCGAAGAUUUGAAUAGUAUGCAUGUACGUCCACCGAUCCAACAUGUGCGUAUAGAGGGUAAUACAACAGAGAAGAUGCAAAUAGUUACACAUCCUAGUUAUGCCGAUCAUCCUUUAGUAGUAGGACCACGAUAUCAACCUAAAGAUUUCAAAUUAGUAUGUGCUAAUUAUCUGAGCACUAAUUCAUCAGGACUCAUGAUUUGUGGUAUUAAUGAUGGUAUUAAGUGGAUUCAUAAAUUAAAAGAUUCUAAGGCUCCGGUCAGUUAUAAGGUUAAAGGCAUCUUGGGACAAGCAACAGAUAAUUAUUUUAAAACUGGAAAAAUCAUCGAGAAGUCUACAUAUAAAUUUAUUAAGCGCAACACAAUUGAUAGAAUAUGUGCUUCCAUGCAAGCUGCUCAUCAAAGAAAGAUGUUUGAAAUAUGUGGAUUAGAUAUGCAAAGUCAAGCUGCAUAUGAGUUGGCCAUACAAGGUUUAAUCAGGCCUGCAGACAACCAAAUUCCUAUGAUUUAUACCAUAAAAUGUAUAGAUUUUACAUCUCCUGAAUUUACGUUAGAAAUUGUAGCUAUAAACGGAAACGAAAUGUAUUUGAAAACUUUGGUUCAUGAUUUAGGGAUACAACUUCAUAGUGUCGCUACAUGCACUCAAAUACUAUGUUUUAGAUAUGCAUUAUUUAAUCUAGAUCUUGCCCUAUUGAAAAAACAUUGGGAGUUGCAAAACAUUUUAGAUAAUAUGGAACAGUGCCAUGAUAUACUUAAUCAAAAUAGAGAUCUGUUUAAACAAAACAAUCCGAUAUUGACAACAAUUGAAAACAAGAUAAGUAACUAAAAUUUGUUUUGGACUGUAAAUUUUCAAAUAUAGAAAAUAAAAAAAAAGAUAUAUAUAAAAUACAAAUUAUAUUAUUAUUAUUAUUAAAAAUCUCU